CUCAGCGGUCGCUCCGCUGCAGUCCCUCCCUGGCACAGAGGACCACACCGGAGAAAUGAGCUCGUCCUCCGCCGUCUGCACUGCAUUAACGUGAGUGCGUAGCGGCUCUUUUUUCACGGAAAAACUCACACAUAUACAGAGGACCCGCACCGGUCUGCUGUUUCCAAACCCCACCAGCUUGGUGUCGGAUAGUCCCACCGGCAACCCGGACCAUGGCGGAAAGAAGCGGCCGGCUGAGUUUCCCCGGGAGCGGGGCUCUCAACAGACCGGUCCCCAUGAACCUGUUUGCAACAUGGGAGAUAGACGGAUCCUCCCCGAACUGCAUCCCGAGAUUGUGCAGUCUGACCCUGAAGAAGCUGGUUGUCAUGAGGGAACUUGAUAAAGAGCUGAUUUCUGUGGUCAUAGCAGUAAAAAUCCAGGGCUCCAAACGGAUUUUAAGGUCCCAUGAGAUUGUGCUGCCACCCAGUGGGUCUGUGGAGACUGAUUUGGCUCUCACCUUCUCACUGCAGUACCCACACUUCUUAAAGCGAGAAGGAAACAAGCUGCAGAUCAUGCUCCAGCGGCGGAAAAGAUACAAGAACCGAACCAUUUUAGGCUACAAGACUCUCGCAGUUGGAUCGAUUGAUAUGUCGGAGGUGAUGCAGCACCCGACAGAGGGAGGCCAGGUUCUGCCUCUCUGCAGCAACCAGAAAGACAUGCUUGGAAAGGUGGCAGAGAUCUGGAUCUUUUCCCUGUCCAGUCAGCCAAUAGACCAUGAGGAGGCAGCUCUGCAGGGAGGGCAGAAGAUCAAAUGCUCUGAUAACUAUUCAGAGGAAGAGUACGAGAGCUUCUCCUCAGAGCAGGAGGCCAGCGAUGAUGCCGUGCAGGCACAGGAUCUCGAGGACGACGAGUAUGAUGUGAGAAAGCCAAAGAAGCAAAGGAGGUCGAUUGUAAGGACUCCCUCCAUCACCAGACAGCAGAACUUUAAGCAGCGAGUGGUGGCUCUUCUGAAGCGGUUCAGAGUUUCAGAUGAGGUGCUGGACUCGGAGCAGGACCCCGCAGAGCCGCCUCCCGAUGUGGAGGAGGAGGAUGUGGACCUGGACAGCGUGGAGUUUGAGAACCCCAGCGACAGCGGCCCAGACAUGGAUGAUGACGACAGUGUCCUCAGCACGCCGAAACCCAAACUCAAGCCAUAUUUUGAGGGUCUCUCCCUCUCGAGCUCUCAGACUGAGAUUGGCAGCAUCCACAGCAGCCGGAGCCACAGGGAGCCUCCCAGCCCGGUUGACCCAGAUAAAACCAAGUGCACCGGGGAUGACGGCGUGUCUGAUAACGUCCCCUUUGAGCAGCCAGAGGCGGUGACCCCGACCACAGAGCUGGAGAUGGACAACAUGGACACGUUUUUAGAGAGACUACCACCAAGUGGCAAAAUGACCAAAACAGAGUCUCUUAUCAUUUCGUCCAACAGGCAGGAACCAAAGUUGGCAGGGAGGCGAGGCAGGAGCACAUCGCUGAAGGAGCGCCAACCCAGCAGGCCCCAGAACGAGAGGGCCAACAGCCUGGACAAUGAGCGGUCUCUAGAUACCAGAUGCCACCUACAGAUCCCCAGAAAGACAGUGUAUGACCAACUAAACCACAUCCUGGUAUCUGAUAACCACCUCCCUGACAGUAUUAUCCUCAUCAACACAUCAGACUGGCAGGGCCAGUAUCUUUCAGAUAUGCUGCAAAACCACCAUCUGCCAGUGGUCUGCACCUGCACCACGGCCGACAUCCAAGCUGCGUUCAACACCAUCGUCUCCCGCAUACAGAGAUUCUGCAACUGUAACUCCCAGACGCCUGUUCCCAUAAAGAUAGCGGUAGCCGGAGCGCAGCACUACCUCAGUGCAGUUCUGAGGCUUUUUGUGGACCACCUUUCCCACAAAACUCCCGACUGGCUCGGCUACAUGAGGUUCCUCAUCAUCCCUCUAGGUGCACAUCCAGUCUCCAAAUAUCUCGGCACUAUUGACUAUCGAUACAACAGUUUGUUCCAAGAUGCUGCCUGGAGGGACCUGUUUCACAAACCAGAGGCUCCAGUUGUUGCCCAGGAGAACCCAGAUGUAGUAUCGAGGGUAACGCAGUACAUGGUGGGAGCUAACGGAGCUCAUCAGCUCCCCAUCGCAGAGGCCAUGCUCACCUACAAGCAGAAGAGGAAAAAGAGCUUUCAUUUUGAUUUUGCAGUAAGCCCGGAUGAGGAUUCGUGUCAGAAAUUCAUCCCUUUCAUUGGGAUGGUGAAAGUUGGCAUUGUGGAGCAAACAUCGGCAACAUCAGGAGACUCUGAUGACGCAGCGCCUCUGGGCUCCUCGCUGCUCUCCUCCACCCCUCCACAGGUAUCACCCGCUCUUAAAGAAGCAUCGCCCACGCCGCCCUCCUCUCCCUCUGUCAACACCAGCUUUUGUGCUUACAGUUCUGCUGGUCAGGCGGAGCUGAUGGGACUCCAAGUGGACUACUGGGUGGCUCCGACAGAAAGGAAGAAAGAUGUGGAGAAGCGAGAUUCCUCCUCCAAAAACACUCUCAAGUGCAAUUUCCGCUCGCUGCAGGUCAGCCGGCUGCCACUGGGGGGCGCAGAGCCAAGCCUCCAGCCCACCAUGUCCAUGACUGUGGUGACCAAGGAGAAGAAUAAAAAGGUCAUGUUCCUGCCAAAAAAGAGCAAAGACAAGGAGGUGGAGUCAAAGAGUCAAGUGAUUGAGGGCAUCAGCCGCCUCAUCUGCACUGCCAAGCACCAGCAGACCAUGCUGAGAGUGCUGAUCGACGGCGUCGAAUGGAACGAUGUCAAGUUUUUCCAGCUGGCUGCUCAGUGGUCCUCACAUGUCAAACAUUUCCCCAUCGGGAUCUUUGGACACACAAAAGGCCCUUACUAGCACCACCUAAGAGACUGAAACAUGGAGGACAGCAAACCCACCCAUCCGCCCUACCUCCCUCCCUCGUGCCAACAGCUCUUAACCCCUUCCCCCUACUUUCCCCUGCACACUUCCUCCUGUCCUGCUGUCUUAAUUUAAGCUCCAGCUUUCCACACUUGCAUUGUCUCGUUAUUUAAUCAUUUGCAUAUUUUUUUUUUUGGUUUUGUUUUGUUUUGUUUUUCUAUUUAUGUAAAAAACUUCUCAAGGCAAAGCUGCUAUGAGAAUAUUUCUUUACUUGGCUUUUUAAAACAAAAAUCCUGCUGACGUUUUAUAGACAUUUGAGGGAAAAAAAUUAAUUGAUUAACAUCUAAAAAUGACUUCUAACCUUUAACAUAACGAAUGAGUGCCCAGGUUUCUCUUGGCUAUCAGGUUUUUUUUUUUUCCUCUUUUUAAAUUUGGUUUUAAACACUUGGCCAGCACAAGUAAUCACGGCUACAUAAUUAAAAAAAAAAAAAAAAAGAGCCUCUGCCUUGUAAUGAAGUGGAAAAGAUGAUGGUCGUAUUUUCUAACUACGUAGAAGAAAUUUUAAAUUUGCAACCACAUCGACUGUUGUCAGUUCAUUGUCUUAACCCGGAGGGAGAAAGGAUAAACGGCCUCCACGAAGAAGUCUAAUGUGCAAUAGACUGAAUACUGUGUGAAUGGGAUUCUGCUAGAAGAUUACACGCCGCUGUUAGUGGUGAUUUUCACUCUUUGUGUCCCUUCUCUUCUUUAUUCCCCCCCCCCCUGAGAAAUUGGCUCAAGGUUUGAAGAGUUUUGCUCCAAAAAAAGAGCUUUUUAUAAAAGAGUUAUGAGCGAGGUUAACCACAAACCUAAAGAAAUAAAAGGGUAUUUCAGGAAAUGCUAUCUUGUUGAGAAUUAAAUGGGAUGAUCGAUACCUCUCUCAAAUAAAUAGGUCCCCUUGUUCUUUAAAAAGUAACAAAAUAAAAAAAAAAACUACCUACCAGCACCUCUGAAGAUAAUUUAAUUAACAGCUUAUAUCUUGUUUAUUUAACCCCAACAAAAACUGAGCCAAACUAACAAUUUCUCUGCUUCUACAUUUAGAAUGACACUCUUUUGGCUGGUUAACAGGGAAUAGUUACGUACAUAACACCCCUAAAAAUGUGUCAGAUUUUACACUUUAGACAUGGAACAAAAAAUGUUUCUUUUUUUUAAACUUUUAAAUGCAGAUUUAGCAGCUGUUACCCCCUGUUUAUAAAAAGCUAGGCUAACAGCAAAUGACUAACCUGGCUCUAAACAAAAAUAACAAAAUCUUCCUACCAGCAUCUCCAAAGCUCACCAUCUAUCUAACAUCCAUAUAGAAAGGGAGCCAGGGUAGCUGUUUCCCUGUUUCCAGUGCUGAGCUAUGCUAACUGGCUGCUUACACACCUGGUACCAAGUACAGUACUGUGCAAAAGUCUUGAGCCACCCCUGAUUUCUUGUGCAACCAUACAUGGAAGUACGGUAUAUGAGGCAAAAUCAGAGUUUGUACACUUCUAAAGAGCUUGAAAGUCAAUAUUUGGUGUGACCACCUUUAUUCUUCAACACAGCCUGAACUCUCUGAGACAGCUCUCUGGUAAUUUCUUUAAAGUAGUCUUCAGGAAUAGUUCUC